CUCGCUACUUCCUCUUCUGUUCAGGGCAGAAAUAUAAAACGGGAUACAGGAGUUCACUCUUAGUUGUGCUACUCGGUCAAGAGCAACUGCGUAUUGUCAGCGACAUGGAUGUGGCGGAUUCUCUUGUAAAUGGAAGUGUGCUAAUAGUUCAUCAGCUCCGUGAGGGGAAGCACCAGUAUGAAGUGGAAAAUGUUAUCAAGCAACAAAACCCAAGAGGUGGAAAACUAACCAUAAGGAGAGGAGACAAGCUGGUGCAGAUAAAUGGCAAUGACCUGCAGGAUUUAACCCCUGAGCAGCUGGCUCAGGCCAUAGCGGAGGGUCAGCCAAUGUUGACAGUGCACAAGUCAGGCAGGAAGAAGGAGCAGAUUGAGAGGCUGUGCUCAUCGGAAGAUGCUCUCCACCCCGUCUCCAAGGAGGUCACCAUAUUUGAAUUCAGCAAGGAAAUGGUGCGACAGGAAGACCUGCAGCAGAGUGACUUGAGGGGUGAUGAAGAAGAAAAUGGAGCUGUGGACCAACUUUGCCCAGCUGAGGAUGGGCAGAACGAGUGGGAAAGCAACUUGCUUAUUGUAACCAUGACUGAAACGAACUUUUCCGUGUUGAGAGGGAGGGGCUGCGAUGCCGGGAGCAGCUGCCGUGGAUGUCAUGGGACAGGAUGUACCCUCAACGACAUUGUCAUGGUGGCAAAGUCCAGCACGGUAACGCUUGUUUCAAGAGGAGGGGGCACUUUCAAACUAAUGAAGGCAUUGAACACUGCAGUGGAGCAUGUGGCCUCGCACAAAUAUCUCAAAAGCCUCUGCUCAGAGAAGACUCUAUACGCUUCGCCUCAACCAGCCAAAAUGACCAUCUACCACUACAAGUCAACUUGUUUGGACCCGAAUUUCCCAGUGGUUUUGAACUUCACAGACUCUGACUGCUUUCUCAAGUGCUUCAAGACAGAAGAGCAGGUGGUCGUGCAAGUGGAGGCAGUGGAUAAGAAGACGCUGAAAAGCAUUUCAAUGAAUGAUGAGAGCAAACUUUGUUUCGUCUUCUACAUGACGUCGGACAGCACAAAGCAGCGCAAGUUUGAAUCUGCACUCUACCGGGGAUGGUACAUCCAAAUUACCACUUCAGCUUCAACAGACGCUGUACAAAUGGCUAAGUCAGAUGGACGGCAAGGAAUUCAGUCAUUCCUCUUCAUCAUUCAAACAUAGAAAGUCUGUCUUUUUUUUGGUGUCUGUCUAUGUGUGCUUAUAAAACCCAGUUUUGUUGACAUUUCAUGAAAACACAA